AUGGGCGUCGUCUCUUUUGCAAGGAUUUGCGAAAGUUGGCGUCUUGGCGACUACGUCGGUGCACCUGCAGGCCUUGGCGGAUCACAGGUGAAGAUUGAAAAACAGGGUCUUCUCUGUGCCUGUAUGUGUCUGACCGUCCUCGUCUCGAACUUUCUGAAGCUAACCCUUGCAAAUUCCAAUGUUACAAGAACUAGGUAUGGUGCUAGCUUGCGUAAGCAAAUCAAGAAGAUGGAGGUGUCUCAGAACUCCAAGUACUUCUGUGAGUUCUGUGGAAAGUUCGCUGUGAAGAGGAAAGCAGUUGGAAUUUGGGGUUACAAGGACUGCGGGAAGGUCAAGGCUGGUGGUGCUUACGCCAAGAACACUGCUAAUGCAGUCACUGUCAGGAGCACAAUCCGUCGCUUGAGGGAACAAACUGAAGCGUGA